UCGGCCGAUGACAUCGAAUGUUAGCUGUUUAUUUUAUUUUUUUGUCUUAGCUCUCCAUAGUACAUAUAGUUUUUACGUCCUAUCGUGCCAGGUCAUUUUAGUUUGGCGUAAACAAGAGACACUUCUCCGGUUAUUUAACUGAAGGUUUUCUCAGGAGAACGCUGCCCUACUUUUAUCCAGGGCCUGGGCUAGGCUAACGUUAGCUUAGCAUUCACUGUAGGCUAGCUAGCAGGCGUUAGCUUGUCUCAGCUAAUCUAUUCUCCAGCUGCCUGCAAAAGUCAAAGACCUAAACUACUAACAAAGUCGUUUAAACUGUUAAAUCUGUCUUAAAACAUGGCAGUUGUCAACGACAGUGGCCUGAAGAAAAUGCUAAAGCAAUACAAAUACAGAGACUUGACUGUCCGUGAGAUAAUCAGUGUCAUCUCAUUUUACAAGGACCUAAAGCCUGUUAUGGAUUCCUAUGUGUUCAAUGAUGGCUCCACAAGAGACCUGAUGAGUUUGGCAGGAACUGUUCCAGUCAGCUACAGAGGUAACGUGUACAACAUCCCAGUAUGUCUUUGGCUACUUGACACAUACCCCUACAACCCCCCUAUAUGUUUUGUCAAGCCUACUAGUGCCAUGAUGAUCAAAACUGGCAAGCACAUUGACGCAAACGGCAAGAUCUACCUUCCUUAUUUACACGAGUGGAAACAUCCCCAGUCAGACCUUUAUGGUCUGAUCCAGGUGAUGAUUGUGGUGUUUGGAGAAGAGCCUCCUGUUUUUUCUCGGCCAACCACACAGGCCCCCUAUCAGGCCUUCCAGGCUGCAGGACCCCCUAAUUCCUCCUACAUGCCAGGUAUGCCUGCAGGCUCACCCUAUGGACAAAAUUCCAACACUGGUGGUUACCCGGGUUACCAGUACCCAGGGGGUAACUCAUAUCCUGCGACAGCUGGUCCUGCACAUUACCCCUCCCAGACCCCCGUCUCCGCAGUAGGCCAAAGCAGAGAUGGCACCAUUGGUGAGGACACAAUUCGUGCAUCCUUGAUUUCAGCCGUGAGCGACAAGCUCCGCUGGAGGAUGAAGGAGGAGAUGGACAGAGCUCAGGCUGAACUGGAUGCCCUCAAACGGACUGAAGAGGAUCUGAAAAAGGGUCACCAGAAGCUAGAGGAGAUGGUCUCACGACUGGACCAGGAAGUAGCGGAGGUGGACAGGAACAUUGAGUUGUUGAAGAGGAAGGAUGAGGAACUGAGUGAGGCCUUGGAGAAGAUGGAGAACCAGUCAGAGAACAACGACAUUGAUGAUGUCAUCGUCCCCACAGCGCCACUCUACAAACAGAUCCUGAACCUGUAUGCUGAGGAGAACGCCAUUGAGGACACCAUCUUCUACCUCGGAGAGGCCCUUCGCAGGGGAGUCAUUGACCUUGAGGUUUUCCUCAAGCAUGUGCGCCUCCUGUCCAGGAAGCAGUUCCAGCUUCGUGCCCUGAUGCAGAAAGCCCGCAAGACUGCAGGGCUCAGUGAUCUCUACUGACCCAUAGUAAAUAUAUGGAAAUCAAUCUAAUUUUCUCUCCCUUAUUCUUCCAUAUUUCUCAAUGAAAACAAAGUUCCCUCUUCGUUUUAACUUUCCAUCUACAACCACCACCACCUCCCCACCAACAAAAAUUGAAAAACUGCAACAGGUAUGGAGAACUGGCCCUGUUUUGAUGAACAUAGGGAUGGUUUAAAGUUUACCCUGCAGCCGCAGUUUUUUUGGUCAUAUACCAGCUACUUCUUUAUUUGAGACAAUAAUGCAGUAACAGUCAUGACCCAGUUGUGAGACAUGACACCAUUGCUAUGCCUGUACUUUUGCCAAGACGGAAAACAAGACAAAGUUUACGGCAUUGAUAUGAAAAACACUAUAACCAACCUAGGUACAAGAUACUGUGGUCGACACAGAAAACAUGCUUACACCUUGCCACAUCAGUAGAGGUGAGUUUUGAACCAUUGCUGUCUUUAUGUAACAUAAGCUCUGAGUGUUCCCAGUGAGAAUGGGUCAUCAAAAAGAGCUAGCGAGGGUGUCUUAAUGUGUACCAAUAUUUGCUGCAUUCUAAGGUGGCCUACAAACCCUGCCCAAUAUCUGUAUAGUAGGUAAUGUCAUGUAGCUAGUAAGCACAAAUGAUUAGGGGUUAAAUUUGUAGAAACCCCGUUAUGUCUGAGCCCCUCAUAAUGAAAAGGUUAGCCUAUGAUAUAAAUACAUAGGGUAACCUUUCAGGAAGAAUAAGCAUUCAACCAUAGCACUGAAUGCUGUAUGAAGUCUUGGUUUUGUUCAGUAGCCGUGGAACCAGAGGAUCUCUUUUUAAAUGAGACGGAUAUUGAAAAGCACGAAUUUGUUCACUGAAUCUGCUACGAAACACAACCAUGGCUUCUGCACUUUUCACUUCCAUUGGUCCAAAGCUUUUCCCCUAUCCUCCGUCUCUGUCUCUUAUCGAUGGUGUGGGUGUGUCUUGUCAGCUGCUCAGGUCUACCCUUCCAGUCUGUUAUCUGAAUUAUCAGUUAACAGGCAAUCAUGUACAGUAGCUAUGCUCACAAACUGUAUAGUAUUGCUGUUGUUCAAGGUUGAUGACAGUCCUGACAUACUAUAUUCAAUAGUAUUCCUCAAGAAAUUGUAUGGUAGAAAUCUUUUUUUUCCCUCUGCUUUGUCUGUAUUUUUCCUUUACUGUCCACUCCCAAAUUCUCAGCUCUUCUGAGAUAGUGAGUUUAAUAGUAAAUGAGAGAAGUUGUAAGGAGUGUCAGAAGGUACAACAGAUAGAUAACUAUUGUACUAAUAAAAAAAAAUAACUUAUGUCAACUUUACAAACAGUUCUCCUUAAACUAGCUUUUUACUAAAUGCACUUUGAAUUGUAUGAUAGUACAUUUUUUUCCUUAUGUUUCCAAUUCAACAAUAGACCACCUGUUCUUUUAUAUCUGUAGAUUUUAUGUAAAUCAAUACAAUUAAAAGUCAGAUUUGAUGCUAA